AUUGGUCGGUCGUUGCUGUUGGAGCCGAUUGGUGCUCCAUGUAAACAGCGGGCCGAAGCUACUCGGUGGUUUCGGUAAAAACACGUUUAACAACCGUAGAGUUGGUUCGGUUCGAAUGAUUCAGCGACCCGUUCCGGUUCUGUAGCUUGGAUUCACGAGCACACCCAGCGGCUGCAGCGGUUUGGUGGAUCGGAGCAGUUGAAAUGUUUUUUUAAAGCGGGUUAGCUGGGUGCUAGGCUGCUAGCACGGCCCCUUUAUUCACCGUUAUUACACAGUAGUUUAUGAUAUAAAGACUACUUUGUACUCACGGCCCCGGUAAUGUCCCGGAACACCGCGUUACACCGUCAACUAACGGUCUGACUAUGCACCACCUCGCCCCGACUCCCGGUGAGGUGGGCGGGGCCCCGGCAGCCCACCUGCAGUGCCCCCUCUGCGGCCACUUCGCCAAGAGCCACGCCCACCAGCUUACCCACAUGGCAGCGGCCCACCCUGCACGUCUGGAAGGCGUGGCCGUCGGUCGCCUAGGUAACAUUGUGAUGUACCAAAGCGGCGCGAGGCUGUUCCACUGCGCAGACUGCUUCUUCACCUGCAGAGACUUCCCCAAACUCUACAGGCACCUCAUCUCCAGGCACUGUGAGGACCAGAGGGAGGGGCAGGCAGGGGAGACAGAUGCUCCAGGGAGAAAGAGGAGCAUUGAGGAGGAGCUGCCCCCCCCCCAGAAGGAGCGCGAUGAGAAGGUGCUGAUGUUUGAUGGCUCCGGCUACCGCUGUCUGAUUUGCGGCUGGAUGAGCAAGCUGAAAGCUCUGGGAGUGAACCACGUAGUAAGAAAGCACGACAUCCCCAAAGCCUACGCCUCCCAGGCCAUCAGGCGGGGCGCCUCCGCGCCUCCCCUGCCCACCGAGGAGGAGGGGGUGGGGGCUGGGCUUAGCGGCGAGCAGCUAAAGGAAGAGAUGGAGGCCACAGCCAAGGUGGUGCGCUUCAUCUCAAACCGCUUUGUCUGCCUGAUCUGUGGCUGGAAGACCAAACUGAAAGGCUUCGCCAUCAGCCACGUGGUGCGCUGCCACGACGUGGAGCGGCCCUACGCCUGCCGCCGCUGCUCACGCCGCUUCUUCCUGCCCAGCCGGCUGCAGCAGCACGUCAGGGCGGAGCACCGGCCCGGCCGCUACGCCUGCCCCUUCUGCUGCUUCAGGUCACACUUCCUGGGGGGGUUCAGGAGGGACCCAGCCCCUGCUCGCCUAAAACAUUAUAUCUUUUAA